AUGCGUUACCUAGACCCUCCUGCAGAGAGCACGCCCCUGGUCACCUCAACCUCCCGAGAGAAUGUUUUAAUUCCUCAGUUUCUUGUCCCAACGUCGCAGAAGUCACUUUAUCGAAACCUUUUGCGGAUCACCGCGUCCAAUUCACACUCCAUGAAAACUGCAAUAAACUACCAUUUUCGUUACCCUAAAGCUUUCCGGUCUGCACGUUCCUACAACUUUCUUAUCAACCUAGCAAUUCGACAUGCAGCAUUCGGAACAGCGAUGCGCCUUCUUCUUUCCAUGCGAGAGGAGCUCAUACCCGCAAAUAUGGAAACGUGGAAAUUGAUUGUUAGGUGGCUAGUACGCACAGGCCGAUGGGAUGAAGCCCGGGAGCGCGUUUCCCGCGUUUCCCGACGCCUACAGUUAAACAAUCCGCAUCCUCAUACCAUUCCACUGCCUCUAUGGCUGGAGCUUUUUGGCUCGCAGAAGCGCGGUGCUCUUCGAUACUACGAUAGACGUAGGGUCUCAGCCGCCGUCAGAUAUGAGAAGUGCGGUUCACGGGGACCCUCGCGGAUAAAUCUACGACCAUGUCCAUCCCAUAUAUCACCGGUUGCAGCCAUGUUUCAUUACCAAGUGCUCAUGAAGGCCUUUCCCUUACUUACUUCUGAAAUUCGACCACGGAUUAUUCUCAUUCUCUCACGCAUAAUGAUAGAAACGGGCCAUCGACAACUUGCAUGCUCAAUGGCCUCCUCUUAUCUGAAGAACCUUCCAUUGCGCAUCAGGCCCUGCCAUCGACGGACGAUUCUGAACAUCAUUCAUCUACAUAUGUGUACCCUUCCCAUCAAGCACGGACUCUCACGUCAUUUUACCCAACGCCGCAUUCUCUUCGACUUUCUUGGUGUCUGCCCUAGUUUCAAACCGUCACCGAUGUCGUUAUUCCUGUUGUUAGGAAGUUUACGCGGUUCCCGUCGCUGUGGGACGCUAGCUCUCCAGUGUUUGCGAAAAUUUCGGCAACAGUGGGGACCACAUAUCGAGUCUGGCAUGGUCAGGAGACGUGUUGUCAGCCUUGCUUUGAAAGAAGGCCGUUUAGACAUUGCAGAAGAUAUCCUUCGAAGCGAGAAAACGGCUCGCAUGAUUAAGCACGGAUGGAGGUUGCAAAUCGAAGUAUUUGGAGAUCCCCCUUCGUGGUCCUCGUACAAGGCGCAACGAAGAUGGCCACUUCGAAGUUAUUUUAGUCGUGAGGGUGUAGAGAACCGGAGAUGGUCGUUGCUGGAGAAGAAAUUCCUGCGGAUGAAGGAACGAAGCGACAGCCAAAAACAACCAUUAUUAUAG